UUUGUUUGUUUUGUUUGUUUAUUUAUUAUUAUUAUUAUUAUUAUUUUAAUAGAUUUGGAGAUACACGUAUUGUCCAAAAACACCAAUAUAAGAUAACCAGUACUUCUGAGAAUCUCACAAAAACUAGAGAGGGUAUUAAAAAAAUGGUGAUUGAGUUGUUGGUAUUAGGAUUAGUGUGGCUAACAGGAGGAGCAUCCUCAGCAUCUCUAGCAAGGCCUGGUUGUGCAGACAAAUGCGGAAAUAUUACCAUUCCUUACCCAUUUGGGAUUGGAGCGGGUUGCUAUGGCAACCAGAGCUUUGAAGUAACUUGCGAUAAGUCUUUCAAUCCACCAAAACCUUUCAUCACUACCAACAACCUUGAGGUGCGUUAUAUUGACCUAUGGGGCUUCGUUGACAUCUAUCAUCCGGUGCUAGCUUAUAAUUGUCCAAAUGGGACUAAUGUUCAUCGACUUGCGAAUUUGCCCAGUCCUUUUUGGUUCUCUGAAAGCAAUAAUGUUUUCACGGCCACAGGUUGUAACAACCUGGCCUUAAUCAUGAGCCAAGACCAACAAAUUAUAGGUGGGUGCGCAUCACUUUGCGACAAUUCAAAUUCAACUGCUCGAGGAAGUUGCUAUGGAAUCAAAUGUUGCCAGACCACAAUCCCUCCAUCACUCAACUUCAUUAAUGCAUCUCUGAGCAACUUUGAUUCUAAGAAUACUACCAAUCUUUCAAAAGAUUGCAAGUAUGCGUUCAUAGUGGAUGAAAAUUGGUUCAAUUAUAUCUUGGGAGAUCCCUUUGAAAUACAAGGAAUGGAAAGCGUUCCUGCUGUGCUGGCUUGGGGCAUGGAUGGAGAGUGCAACAGAUCGGUGCCUGCUAGUAACACAUUAUGCGGAGCAAAUGCUGUAUGCACUCGAACAACAAGAAAUAGUAACUUUACUUACGCAUGCUAUUGUAAAAUUGGCAAGGGGAACCCAUAUCUGUCAGAUGGAUGUCCAGCGGACAACAAGAAAACUCGAAUGAUUAUCAUAGGUAUGAGUACGAGUUUUGGAUUAGUAUUUCUACUUAUUGGUAUAUGGUGGUUGUAUAAAUUGGUGAAGAGGAGAAAGAAACACAUGCUCAAGCGAAAAUUCUUCAAACGAAAUGGGGGUUUGUUAUUGCAACAACAACUGUCUUCGAUCAAUCAAGGUAAUGUUGAGAAAAAUAAGUUAUUUACUUCAAAGGAGUUGGAAAAGGCCACUGACCGCUUUGAUGACAACCGGAUCCUUGGUCAAGGGGGGCAAGGUACUGUAUACAAAGGCAUGCUAAUUGAUGGUAGAAUUGUAGCAGUUAAAAAGUCCAAGAUAGUGGAUGAAGGCAACCUUGAACAAUUUAUUAAUGAGGUCGUUAUUUUAUCACAAAUUAACCAUAGGAAUGUGGUUAACUUGUAUGGGUGUUGUUUGGAGUCAGAAGUUCCCUUGUUGGUUUAUGAGUACAUCCCCAAUGGAACCCUUUACCAGUACAUCCAUGAGCAAAAUGAAGAGUUUCCACUUACCUGGGAUAUUCGUGUUCGGAUUGCUACAGAAGUUUCAGGAGCUCUUGCCUAUCUACAUUCAGCAGCCACCAUACCCAUUUAUCAUCGGGAUAUGAAAUCCACAAACAUUUUGUUAGACGAGAAAUUCAGAGCAAAAGUGUCGGAUUUUGGGACUUCAAAAUCAAUUGCCAUUGAUCAAACUCAUAUGACCACAAUAGUGCAGGGGACCUUUGGAUACUUGGACCCGGAGUACUUCCAAUCAAGCCAGUUUACAGAAAAAAGUGAUGUUUAUAGCUUUGGAGUUGUUCUUGUUGAGUUGUUAACUGGACAACCACCAAUCUCAUCAACCAGAUCAGAAGAACGAAGUUUGGCAACAUAUUUCAUGAUGAUAAUGAAGGAGAACCGUUUAUUUGACAUUCUUGAUGCUCGAGUUUCCAAAGAGAUUGGGAAAGAAGACAUCAUUCGGGUCGCUAAUCUUGCAAAAAGAUGCUUGAACUUGAGUGGGAGAAAAAGGCCUACAAUGAAAGAAGUUGUAACUGAAUUGGAAGGGAUUAGAACAUCACAUGAAGUAUGUACCGUUCAAAAAAAUUAUGAAGAGGAUGAAUAUGCAGUAAUUGAACUCACAGGACCUUGGGAUGUUGUUUCAACUUCGACAGGGUCUCAUUUGCAUAGGAGUGCAUCAUCAUCACGGGAUGUCAAUCCUUUGCUAUUUAAGUAAUUGUGAUUGUUAAAAAUGUUUGUUUGCUUGUUUUUUUUUUCGCUUCAUAUUUUACAUCUGUCUUGCUUGAAAAAAUAGUGUAUCAAUCAUUACCCUUGUAUUUCCUACUUAUGUAGUUUAAGAAAUCGUGAUAUGUUUCUGUAAUUAUAACAAAUUUUGAAUUUUAUAUAAUACUUUGGUUGGUUUUGUUGCCUAA